AGCGUUUGAAAUCGUGUAGUGCCCCGUAGUUAGUCUACGUUGCUGUCAACCUGUCACGGGCUUCGGAGGUUGCGUUAUUCAUUGACACCUUAUAGCCUUUCAGUUUCCUGAUAGGGCUAAUUAAUUUAGUUUUCUUGUAGGACUGUUUUAUUUUCUCUGGCCGUGGAAUAGUUCAUGCACGGUACAUCGCCAAAUAGCAGACAACAGAAACGCAGCACGUGUGUCGUAGAGUAAUUAGAAAAUUGGGAUUAAUGAGGCGUAAUUUUCUAGGAUGGCACCGGUGGUGCCACGUGCGGCACGUCCUGUUCGGUGACAUGCGGCCGUAGGACUUGCUGGACAAAGAGCGUUCCUUUGGCCGUUCCAUCUCUGGACCUCUUUUGCUGGCGAGUACCAUGCAAAUAGUGUUUUUUAUUGUCAGGUGGUACUGAUCUGCGAGUUUUGUUUGUCGGCUUAGGGCCUGCAGAGCGUCCAGCAUGUCUGGAGAAGAUGAACUUAAGACGGUUAAGGCUGUCAUCCGUGCACUGCUUAUUGCCGAUAAGCGACCGAUGCCUAUGAGAAGUUUCCUGUUCGAAUUUAAGGACAGCGAGGGCCACGAGGUGCCAUACAGAAAGUUUGGCUUUAGUGACCCUCUAAGUUUUCUUCGUAGCAUCUCAGACACCGUACAGUUAUCGCAGGUGGGCAGUGAGUUCUAUGUAAGAGCCACGGUGACUGAAGAGGUCGCACAUGUUCGGAAGCUAGUCAGAGGCCAGAGAGAAUCAAAUUGCAAGCCCGUGCGCUUACCGCCGGCGUCCGAACGGCCGAGUCUAUUUAGACCUGCACAUAGUGCGCAUUUCUCACCACCAAGGCAGCGUCCCUUGCCGAUCCCGAGAUACUAUGAUGCACUGGAACAGGUGAAAACGAACUUGCGUGUACUCUUGGCUGAACAUCUGACAAAUGGCAUCAAUGUACGCCAACUCCAAGAUAGUUACACCAGAAGGUUUGGCAGCCCCAUAAACUAUGCAUCCUUCGGCUACAGUGCGUUUGAAGACUUCCUCAUCGGCAUGUCUGACGUCGUGUGUGCUGUACGCAACUCGACCGGAGCCACGAAAGUGUUCCUCAGCAAGAGAAGCGGUCUACCAGUUCCUGCAGAUAUGGACCAAAGUAGGUCUACAGGACAGUCAUUGCAUUCAGACAUACAGCCUACAGGCAUGGAGCUGCAACAGAAAUCUUUCCAAAGCAGUCCUACAGUGCAGUCAUUCCAUCAACGCAUUCAGCAUACAGGAGUGGUGCCAAAAAUGGGGGAGUCAAGCCAAAGCAGACCUAUAAGUCUCUCAUUCCAACCAUACAUUCAGCCUGCAGGCAUGGAGCCACCAGUACCAAAAUCAAGCCAAAGCAGGCAUACGAGUCUUCCCUUCCAACCAAACAUUCAGCCUGCAGACAAGAAGCCACCAAUACCAGAAGCAAGCCAAAGCAGGCAUAUGAGUCUCCCCUUCCAACCAAACAUGCAGCCUGCAGGCAUGAAGCCACCAAUACCAGAAGCAAGCCAAAGCAGGCAUAGGAGUCUUCCCUUCCAACCAAACAUUCAGCCUGCAGACAAGAAGCCACCAAUACCAGAAGCAAGCCAAAGCAGGCAUAUGAGUCUCCCCUUCCAACCAAACAUGCAGCCUGCAGGCAUGAAGCCACCAAUACCAGAAGCAAGCCAUAGCAGACAUACGAGUCUCCCCUUCCAACCAAACAUUCAGCCUGCAGGCACGAGGCCACCAAUACCAGAAUCAAGUCAAAGCAGGCACAUGAAUCUCCCCUUCCAACCAAACAUUCAGCCUGCAGCCGUGGGUCCACUAAUGCCAGAAGCAAGCCAAAGCAAGCAUUUGAGUCUCCCCUUCCAGCCAAGCAUUCAGCCUGCAGGCAUGAAGCCUCCAAUACCAGAAGCAAGCCAAAGCAAACAUACGAGUCUCCCCUUCCCAGCAAAUAUUCAGCCUGCAGGCAUGAAAGCACCAAUACCAGAAGCAAGCCAAAUAAGGCCUAUCAGUCGCUCGUUCCAACCAAACAUUCAGCCAGCAGGUGUGGAGCCACCAAUACCAGAAUCAAGUCAAAGCAGGCCUAUAAGUCGCUCGUUCCAUCCAGACAUUCAGCCUGCAGGCAUGGAGCAGCGAUUACCAGAAUUGCGCCAGAUUGGGCCUACAGGGCCAUCUCUUAACCCAGACAUUAAGCCAGGAGUUGAAAGGGCAGCAACACAGGAAUUGUGCCAAAGCAGGUUUGCCCCUCCACCAGGGCCAUCUUUGAAAGAUGGCAAGAAAGCAUUAACUACCAUGGGAAUGCUGACAAAGCAAGAAAUCCUCGCAAGGAGCGAUCCUGAUCGUUCCGACAGAUUGUGCCAUAUGAAUCCUCGUAUUGAGAGAUAUAUUAAGAGGAUACUGCGAAAACACCCUGAGGGCAUAUGGUUAACAAGUUUUGCAAAGGUAUACAAGGAAAGUACAGGUACUGAGCUGUGCCCUGCGGACUAUGGCUACAACAACAUGCUGAGCCUGAUAUUUGACUUUAGACACGUGGUGUCACUGACACGCCCAUUUCCUGAUGGAGAUUUCAUGGUUUGUCUGCUUGAAGAGCUCAGAGCACCCGAGCUGGAUCGUCAGACACUGAACACCAUGAAGGAAUUGUUAAGGAUGAGUGGGCCACAAGGCAUGACUGUUGAUGAGCUUCUGCAGUCCUUCCAGAGAGUGACAGGGAAGACCAUUGACCUCGAAGAUUACAGCCUCUCAAAUGAGGCAUUUGUUCAUGUACUUGUAAUGGAGAUUAAUGCGGCGUUCAAGUUCGGGCCUGAAGGGCGGGUGCUGAUAAUGUGUCAAGGGUCAGACAGCGCUGAUGCAACUGCCUUUGUCAGACCUGGAGCAACCAGAGCACCUGAAGCUACCAAAGCUGCUUCAACAAAUGAAGCUGCUCAAGUGACGGAAUGUGCCCCACUAACCACUACUCUCAGGCAGAUGAGUGGUAUUGAAGCAUUAAGAAAUUCAGAUGUAGCAGAAUAUGUAGAAAUAGCUGAAAACACUUCUUCAAACUCUUCUGAAGUUGGUGAACUUGAACAAAUAAUUAUUGCAGCAUUGACAUCGUCAUUGCCUACAGUAGGACACAUCAGGAGCCCUCCACUUUUCAUACCCAACAACCCAUUCAAACGGCCGGACCACCUGGAAGUGGGCAAACAUUAUGCUGUGUAUGUGUCGCAGAUAUACAGUGUCCACCACUUCUACAUCCAAAAGAAAGGACUAGACGCUUCUGUUCGUCUGGAAGCUCUCAUGAACCAGCUGGAAUCAGUGUACAAUGCUCCUGAAUCGAGUGCUUACCUCAUUGAUGGCAAGCUGGUAUAUGUGGGCAUGCCCUGUGCAGCAUCUUAUACCUACAGUGAAGGCAACUCCGACUGGCACCGGGGUUUAGUGGUGGGGCUUGAUACUGAUCCCAGCAACUGCCAGGUGCUUUUUAUUGACUAUGGAACACUUACAUUUCUCAAGAAAACAGAACUGCGAUUUCUGAGGAAUGACUUCUUUGACUUGCCACCCCAGGCUGUACGAGCCACCAUGGAAUACUUGAGGCCCGUGACUUCUGAUGGCUGGACACCUGAAACGAAAGCUGCCUUUAUCGAGUUAGCAAGUGGUGACCGAACCUUGGUGUGCAAGGUUUUGAAGCGUCGGGGCGGUCUACACUCUGUCAGUUUGUGCAUAACAAGUCAUCACUCAGAAGCAUAUGUUUCUGAUCUACUGGUGGAACAGCGCCUUGCUCUGCCCACAUUGCAGUACAAGGCAGUAAUGGCCCAGGUCAUGGAAGCUGGACCAUUUUCUAUAUUGCUACAAGAUGAUGUGCCAAAUUCACCUCCAUCUGUGAACACUGGCAGGGAUACCACCAGUCCACAACCAACAGUUACGGUGCACCCAUCCCCCUGCCGACAUGUAGUUGAUGAGAGCACGCAGACAGCCCUUGGACCUCAACCAGCCCACAUCGAUCUGAGAGCUCGAGAUUCCCACCAUACUGGCCAAGCUGAGUCACAUGACCGCAUCUUUGCAUCUGAUUCACAAGCGACCAAACCCGUUCAAUCAUUAGACAAAGAGUUUGCUGAUGUACCAAUCGACCAAGUGCAGCAAAUGCAGGGUGUGCCAUUUACACUGCCAGUGCAGCUUACAUCAUUGCCCCAUACCAAUGGCAUACAAAGGCCUACACCGCAGUACUCUGAACAAGUCCCUCAGGAGUUUGUUAUACCUCGCCAACCUAAUACAAAUUACUAUCUUUCGUUGUUUGAUGUAUGCCAGCGCCGAGGGAUUCCACUUCCAAAGGAUUGGCAAGAACUUUUUGAACAAGAAGAAAAGCGAUUAGCUAGAUGCCGUGCAUCAACUGUGCAGCCAUGUACAGAAUCAACUGCACAGACAACCAUGCAGUCCACACAUUCAAGUGGACAGCCAGCUUCAAAGCCACUUCACUGCCCAGUACCAACUGUUGGUGGAUUUGCUGUACAGUCCACUAGUCCAGCUGUGCAGCCUCAGUUCCAAGGAUCUCUACAGCUAACAUCAAAGCCUCCCACGAUCUUUCCAGAGAUACCACCUCCUCCGUUUCAGAAGCCUCAAGCGACUGAAAGGACAACUAACCAGCCUGCUUGUGAAGCUGUUGAUGACAGUGAGGAAGAUAUCUUGGAUCUGCUUCAACAAGAGCUAGAUGCACCUUGCCCGAGCCGAGCAGUAAAGUCGGAGCACCUCAAGUCUGGUUACUGCCUUAUGGUAGUGAAUUAUGAGGACAUGCCCUACGUAACCACCGCUAAUGUCUCCCAGCUCCUUGGAUGGCCCUCGGAUGUGAUCCUGCAAAGGCUGGAGGCCAAGCACAUCCAGUUUCCAACGCUGGUUUUGGAAAGGGACAGUGACAAUUAUUGGAUUUUCAAUCAAAUGGCCAGUAAUAAUGUUCCUGGUGUGAAGAUGGGCCAACAUGUGGCACAGCAGGUGACACUCUUUCCUUUGAAAAAUGUCAUCGACCUGCUGAACAUUUUUGGGUGUACUGUGCUGGAAUUGAAGGAAGACAUUGCAACUGUCCUGUACUCAUUCGACCCAAGAAGCCCAUACUGGCGUUGUGUGUCAGAAGAUGGUGACUUAGCUGGAAGUCUGGAGCAAGUGCUCAUAGGGCUGUGUGAUGAGAGGGUGAAGUUGCGCUUGGAGAUCCUGAACAGCCAAAUCACCAGUGAGAAGGUUGAUCGCUUGGCCAGUAUUGAAGAUACCAUUGAAAGGCUGAAGAAGCUUAUCUUGGCUGAAGGUGGGCAACUACCACCCUGUGACGAGCUCAGCAAGAUGGUUUAGUACCAGCACAACUAUAUAUUUGUGUCUGUGUCGUGCAGAGACAGAGAGUGAAAUUUAUGAAGUGCUCAAGUUUUAUUUGAGCUUCGCUUUGUUUUUGUUAUGUGAUAUGGUGCAAUCUACUGUAAGUCAACAUUAUUUCUUGUCUGUGUUUCGGAAAUUGCAUUUUGCAUUAAUGCAGCUCUGCAUGAAUAAUUUCAUACUUGCUUCAUUGUACGUUCAAUACACAUCACACAAAGCAUGUGAGAACCGAUGUGGGAAUUGGGUACAUGGCAUUGUCAUUUUUACAGAUGUGCAUAGAUCAUUUCAUUAUCAAGUCCUUGUAUUUUCUGCAGCUUGGGCAAACAUUAAAACUUACAUUAGUGCAUGUUGUAUGUUAAUGUCUUAAUUUAUUAUUAUUUGUUUUUGUCGUACAAAGCAAUAUUGCCUUUUUUUAGUCUUUAAUGUGUAUGUAUUAUUGGAAGAGUACAAAUAAAGAACUUGUUGAGAUUUUGACCAUUGUUUUAGGCUGUGUUAUC